AUGGGCCUCAGAGACUGGAGGACUCCCCUGCUAUUGCUGGUUGCGGUGGUGCUGGUAGCUGUACUCGGUCACUUUGAAAGGUGGGAGGGCUUCCAGAAUGUGUCCAUGAGCAAGAACAAUAGGAACUCAACACUCAGCUUCUUCAUUGAUUCCUACAACAAUGCCAGCAACGAUACCUACUUAUUUCGAGUACGGAAGCUAAUUCGAAGUCAGAUGCAGCUGACAACAGGAGUGGAGUAUUUGCUUACUGUGAAGAUCAGCAGGACCAAAUGCAAAAGGAAUGAAACAAAAACUACUGACUGCCCCCUGCAAAAAAAGAAGCUGAAAAAGACUUUGAUUUGCCAAUCUUUGAUAUACACGGUGCCUUGGGUGCAAUAUUACCAGCUCUGGAACAGCUCUUGUCUGGAGAAAUGA